AUGCCUCGUAUACGCAAGAAGACGAGCAAGCGCGGGACGCUUAACCAGCGCGCGAGGAUCGCGAAAAAGGUGCAGGAGACUCACCGCAAGCAGAAGCGCGCUGCAAGGAAAGCUCCCCCGAAGAAGAGCAAGCCGAAGGACCCGGGCAUCCCGAACGCGUUCCCGUUCAAGGACCAGAUCCUCGCUGAAAUCGCCGAGCAGAGGAGACAGGCCACCGAGGAGAAGCAGCGUCGUAAGGACGAGAAGAAGGCUGCCAAGUCGAACGCUGCAGACGUCUCUGACGCCUCGGGAGACGAGGGCGAUGGUGCAUUCGACGGCGUCCUCUCUCUGAACGCCUCCGCUCAAUCAGCGCCCCGCAAAGGACGUGUGGCUGAGCCGGUGGCGGAGGACGACGUGGAGGCAGAAGAAGAGGAAACCCCCAUACUUGUGAACCCUGACCUUCCCGACCUAAAGUCAGUCUUGGAUGCGGCGGACGUCAUGCUCGAGGUACUGGACGCGCGGGAUCCUCUUGCGGCGCGCAGUGCCCAUGUGGAGGGGCUUGCACGCGAGAGCGGGAAGCGGGUGCUGCUCGUACUCAACAAAGUCGAUGUAUGUCCCAGGGAAGCGGUUGAGGCCUGGGCUACGACCCUCCGGAAGGAGCACCCGACGGUGCUCUUCAGGUCCGCUUCUGCGUCCCUGCCGGCCCCCGCUGAGUCGGUCAAAGGCAAGGCCAAGGAGCGUGUAGACGAUGCAUGGGGUCUCGACGCCACUCUCGCCGUCCUUCAACAGUGGGCGAACGAGAAAAAGGGCGACAGUCCGCUCACAGUUGCCGUAGUUGGUGUUACCAAUGUCGGCAAGAGUGCCGUUGUCAACUCCCUGCUCCGUAAGGCCGUGCUACAGACCUACAAGCUCACCUCGACACCGCCUGAAACGCCCACUACGACGACGCACCCUCAAGAGGUCAUGCUCGAGCUCGAGGGCAAGUCGGUGCGCCUCAUCGACACCCCCGGCCUGUCGUGGCACCCGUCCGAAGACGCCUCCGAGGAGGAAUUCGUCCAGGCGCGCGCUCGGGACGUACUCCUACGGAAUAGGGGACACAUCGAACGGCUGAAGGAUCCGGCGCACGUCAUGUCUGGUCUGGUAUCGCGCGCAACCCGUGAGGAUCUGAUGCUCCUGUACAACCUGCCUAUCUUCACCGAGGGUGACGCAAAUUCAUUCCUGGCCGGCGUCGCACGCGCGCACCGCUUCAUGAAGAAGAGAGGAGACCCUGAUCUGACCGCUGCCGCCCGCAUGGUGCUCCGAGACUGGAGCAACGGCAAGCUCGCACGCUACACCGUUCCGCCUUCUUCCUCAGCAGACGCCUCUGCCCCUGCCGAGACCGCAUUUGUUGAGAUCUACGCGAAGGACGAAGUCGUGCUCAGUAGACUCGCUUCGCGCAAGGAGCUCCGCAAGGCCGGCGGUCUCGUCAAGCUGCGCGCGGGUGCGAUCGACACGCGCAAGCCGACGCUCGACGAGUCGUACUCGACCGGCUCCGACUCCGAUGCUGACGAGGAGGAUGGCUCGGACCUGGAUGAGUUGGAUGAUGACGACGUCGACGAGGAGGAUAUCGACGAAGAGGAUGAUGACGAGGAUGAUGAUGAAGAUGAGGAGGAGGAGGCCCCCUCUCCCCGCGGGAAGCGGAAACGCAGCGCCACGAAGGCUGCCGCCCCCGCACGGCCCGCCAAAAAGGUCGCGUUCGCGGCGGAGCCCAAGGGCACGAAGCAGGCGCGCUCUGCUGCGGGCGCGCGGGGUGCAGCCAAGGCCAAGGCCAGUGCCGACUCCGAGGACAAGCCCGCGAAAAAGCCCUCUGCGCUGAAGAAGGCUGCGCCUGCCAAACCUGCUGUCGCGAAGAGGGUCGCGAACUCGUCGACCGGGAGCAAGAAGGCGGCAGCUGCGCCUGCACCUGCUAAGGACGGCGAGGUCGAGUACGAUUUCAAGCAGUUCUUCUAG